GUUCCAGUUGAUGAUGUUGCCUCGGGAGAAAUGAAGAGCACAGUUGGACCAGCAGCAAGCAGAGGCAGACAGCUUCAAAUGCCGGAUGAAGCUUGUGAAGACUCUCCGGGGACAGGAUGAACAUGAUGCUGGAAGCCACAGUAUGGAUACCUGGCAUCGGCCUUGGUUCCUGGUUUUUGCCACAUUUCUCCUGGUUUCUGGCUUGCCAGCUCCAGGAAAGUUUGUCAAAGACAUAGAUGAAGGACUCGAUCGAGAUAUAUUCGAUAUCAAUGAAGAUUUGGGACUGGACCUUUUUGAAGGAGACAUCAAGCUUGAGGUACCAGGGAAGAAUUCCAUCAUUGGAGACAACUAUAGAUGGCCGCAUACCAUUCCCUAUGUUCUGGAAGAUAGCUUGGAAAUGAAUGCUAAAGGAGUUAUUCUCAAUGCCUUCGAGCGCUACCGCCUUAAAACAUGCAUUGACUUCAAGCCGUGGUCAGGAGAAGCUAACUAUAUAUCAGUGUUCAAGGAGAGUGGGUGCUGGUCUUCUGUGGGAAACAGGCAUGUUGGGAAGCAACAGCUGUCCAUCGGGGCCAACUGUGACAGAAUAGCCACAGUUCAACACGAGUUCCUCCAUGCCCUGGGAUUCUGGCAUGAGCAGUCACGUGCUGACCGGGAUGACUAUGUCACUAUAGUUAGGGACAGGAUUCUGUCAGGCAGAGAACACAAUUUCAACAUCUACAAUGACAGUGUGUCGGACUCCCUGAACGUUCCCUAUGACUACACUUCGGUAAUGCACUACAGCAAAACAGCUUUCCAGAACGGGACAGAGCCCACCAUCGUCACAAGGAUCUCAGACUUUCAAGAUGUGAUUGGCCAAAGAAUGGACUUCAGUGACUAUGACCUGUUGAAGCUGAACCGGCUGUACAACUGCUCUUCUUCCUUGAGUUUUAUGGACUCCUGCGACUUUGAGUUGGAAAAUAUCUGCGGCAUGAUCCAAAGUUCAGGGGAUAGUGCUGACUGGCAGCGGGUUUCACAGGUCUUUGGGGGCCCAGAGAACGAUCACUCCAAUAUGGGCCAGUGCAAAGAUUCCGGCUUCUUCAUGCAUUUCAACACCAGCUCUGGAAAUGAGGGGGCCACAGCAAUGCUGGAGAGCAGAAUACUGUACCCCAAGAGAGGGUUUCAGUGCUUGGAAUUUUAUCUGUACAACAGUGGGAGUGAAAGGGACCAUGUGAAAAUCUACACCCAGGAGUACACCGCAGCCAGCCCCCAUGGUGUUCUAACCCUCCAGAGAGAAAUAAACGAAAUACCUACCGGGAGCUGGCAGCUUUACUACGUAACAUUGCAAGUGACUGAAAAGUUCCGAGUGGUAUUUGAAGGGCUCAAAGGCCCUGGUUCAUCAUCGGGUGGUCUGUCUAUCGAUGACAUCAAUCUCUCAGAAACCAGGUGUCCUCAUCACAUCUGGCAUAUACAGAAUUUCACACAGCUUCUCGGCAGCCAGAAUGCAAAUGUGCACAGCCCUCCAUUUUAUUCUCCUGAAGGCUACGCUUAUCAGAUUUACUUGAAUCUGAAUUCCUCGACCAAUGUAGGCAUUUAUUUCCACCUGAUCUCUGGUGCCAAUGAUGAUCAAUUACAGUGGCCAUGUCCUUGGCAACAAGCCACAAUGACACUCUUGGAUCAAAAUCCUGACAUCCGAAAGCGUAUGUCCAACCAGCGGAGUAUAACUACAGACCCAACGAUGACUGACGAUAAUGGAACCUAUUUUUGGGACAGGCCUUCCAAGGUGGGAGAGGUGGCUUAUUUCCCUAAUGGAACUCAGUUCAGCAGAGGCAGAGGCUAUGGAACCAGUGCCUUCAUAACCCAUGAAAGGAUGAAGAGCAGGGAGUUCAUCAAAGGAGAUGAUGUUUACAUCCUACUGACUGUUGAAGACAUAUCUUACCUCAACUCUACAUCGAGUGUCCCAGAGCCAGUCCCCACCUCGACUAUCUACAAUGCCUGCUCAGAGGUUGAGUGUCAGAACGGCGGCAUCUGCACUGUCCACGAAAACAGAGCUGAGUGCAAGUGUCCUGCAGGAGAAGACUGGUGGUACAUGGGGAAAAGGUGUGAGAAGAGAGGGUCCACCCAUGACACCAUUGUCAUUGCCGUCUCCUCCACCGUCACCGUGUUUGCUGUGAUGUUGAUCAUCACCCUUGUCAGUGUCUACUGCACCCGGAGGAAAUAUCGCAAGAAGGCUAGUUCAAAUGCAGCCUCGGAUGUCCAAAAUCAAUAUGCCUUUUGAAUAUUAACUCUACCAGACAGUCAGCAAGUGGGAUGAAAAGGACUUUUCGUCAUGGAAGACUAUCUCACCCGAGCUGUAUGACAUUUACCGCAUUCCAAAUCAGACCAUCUCUGUAAAUAGCUGGAUGUAUAAUAAAUCAUUAUUUUGGUAAAAGUC